UUCCCCUCAAACUCGUUCUGCCUACCCAACUUCAAGUUGAUCAUCUUUAUUACUUUCCCUCGGUUGUAUCAAUCUUUGGUUCUGCUUUCUCUUUUCUGAAAAAUACAGAAGAAAAUGUCGUGCUGCGGAGGAAACUGUGGCUGCGGCUCUGGCUGCAAGUGCGGCUCUGGCUGUGGAGGAUGCAAGAUGUACCCUGACCUGAGCUACUUGGAGAGCACGACCACCGAGACCCUUAUCGUUGGUGUUGCUCCCCAGAAGACACACUAUGAGGGUUCUGAGAUGGUCGUGGGAGCUGAGAAUGGUGGCUGCAAGUGCGGAUCCAACUGCACCUGUGACCCUUGCAAUUGUAAAUGAGAUAGAUCUUAGCCUUUAAAGCAGAGAUGGCCUUGUAUUUGAAAACUAAUAAAUAGUGAGCAUAUAAAAUAGAUAGAUAUAUGCGUGUCGAGUCUUUUAUUAAAAUAACGUAGCCAUGGCUGUCUUUCUGCAAAUCUUUCUAGUUUAAGGUUUGCAUGGGUGUUUGCUUUCUUACUUUUGUAUGAUAGCAGUAAGUGAUGUAUGAUGGAGAGAGUCUGUCUCUGCUUUGGUAUAUGUGGGAAGGAGUUGAGAGAGCUUUUGAGAAGCGAAUGAAACCCUCCUUUUCUCA